GACGGACAAAGGAAAGGAAGGGUGGCCGGGAGGAUUCCGAAGAGCGCCGGAAACUCCGUUCUUGUAGGCGUCUGACUCGGACUCGCUUCUGGCUUCGCGGGGCCUGGGAACACCGGAGAUCGGGAUUGACGCCGACUCCGCCGUCCCGAUCGUCGGCAGGACCAGUCUUUGCGUCUUCGUUGGCUUAGUCUGGAAGCGAGUCGCGCUCGAGUCGCUCCCAGCGUCAGCUGACCCGACAGCGCCCGUGGACCCGAGGGCCAGGAACACUCCUCAGUAUAAGGCUGCACAUCUUCAAAGCAGCCCUGGCUUCUGAGUCUGCCAUCCAAAGACAUCGUGAGGAGAAGUUGACAGUCUCUGCUUCACUAAGCACUCUGGACAGGACUCGGCAUGUCUCAGGUCACCAAGAGGAAGCAUGUGGUGAAGGAGGUGCUGGGGGAACACAUGGUGCCCUCUGACCAGCAGCAGAUUGUGAGGGUACUCAGGACCCCAGGAAACAAUCUACAUGAGGUAGAGACAGCACAGGGGCAGCGCUUCCUGGUGAGCAUGCCCUCCAAAUACCGCAAGAACAUCUGGAUCAAGAGAGGAGACUUUCUCAUUGUUGACCCCAUUGAAGAGGGAGAGAAGGUAAAGGCUGAGAUUUCCUUUGUGCUUUGCAAGGACCAUGUGCGCUCUCUGCAAAAGGAAGGACUCUGGCCUGAAGCAUUCUCUGAAGUGGCUGAGAAACAAAACAACAGGAACAGACAGCCUCAGCCAGAGCUUCCGGCUGAGCCACAGACCUCAGGAGAAGAGUCUGGCUCUGAAGAUGAUUCUGACCUCUUUGUUAACACCAACCGCAGACAGUAUCAUGAAAGUGAGGAGGAGAGUGAAGAGGAAGAAGCAGCCUGAGACCCGGGGACCCACUUCUCCACUUGCUCAGGGAUUAGUCCCUGGUUCCUCUGGGCUUGGACAUUCCCAAGGUACCCUGCAGAUCUUCUCCCCUGGAUGGGGAUGAGGCAGGGUUCCCCUUUGAACUGACUUUCUGAUCUAGGACAAUUAAACCCCUGGUGGGUAGUGACUUGUA